AUGGAGUUCUCAACCUCGAAGGAGGUCACUGUUGCCCCCACCUUUGAAGAUAUGCAUUUGAAGGAGAACCUGCUUCGCGGUAUCUAUGCCUAUGGCUAUGAGUCUCCAUCCGCUGUCCAGUCUCGUGCUAUUGUACAGAUUUGCAAGGGUCGCGACACGAUUGCGCAAGCGCAGUCUGGUACUGGCAAGACCGCUACAUUCUCAAUCAGUAUACUCCAGGUUCUUGAGACCGCAACAAGGGAGACACAAGCGCUCAUCUUAUCACCCACUCGCGAACUUGCAACCCAGAUCCAGAAUGUCAUCAUGGCCCUCGGCGACUACAUGAACGUACAGUGUCACGCUUGUAUCGGUGGCACAAACGUUGGCGAGGAUAUCAGAAAACUUGACUAUGGCCAACACGUCGUCUCGGGCACUCCUGGCAGAGUGGCUGACAUGAUCCGUCGUCGCAAUCUGCGCACCCGCCAUAUCAAGAUGCUUGUCCUGGACGAAGCCGAUGAGCUCCUCAAUAGAGGCUUCAGGGAGCAGAUCUACGACGUCUACCGUUACCUACCUCCUGCCACUCAAGUUGUGGUCGUCUCAGCCACCUUGCCUUACGAUGUUCUUGACAUGACCACCAAAUUCAUGACCGACCCCGUGCGCAUUCUCGUCAAGCGUGACGAAUUGACACUCGAAGGUCUCAAGCAAUACUUCAUUGCGGUGGAGAAGGAGGAAUGGAAGUUCGACACUCUAUGCGACCUCUACGACACACUCACAAUUACCCAAGCCGUCAUCUUUUGCAAUACUCGCCGGAAGGUGGACUGGCUGACCGACAAAAUGCGCGAAGCCAACUUUACUGUCAGCAGCAUGCACGGCGAGAUGCCUCAGAAGGAGCGAGACAGCAUCAUGAGCGACUUCCGCCAGGGCAACAGUCGGGUCCUGAUCAGCACUGAUGUCUGGGCUCGCGGUAUCGAUGUCCAGCAGGUAUCUCUCGUCAUCAACUAUGAUCUGCCCAGCAACCGUGAGAACUAUAUCCACCGCAUUGGCAGAAGUGGCCGGUUCGGCCGGAAGGGUGUUGCCAUCAACUUUGUCACCAGCGACGAUGUUCGCAUUCUACGUGACAUCGAACUCUACUACUCGACACAGAUCGACGAGAUGCCAAUGAACGUCGCUGAUUUGCUGACUUGA